GCGCGCGAUUGUGUCGUGACGGCGCCGGCGGCGAGGAUGAAUUUGCAUUUGUCGAGCCACUAUGGCGGCCAGCAGCAAGUUCGAGCGGCUCGUGGCCCACCGGCCCUGCGGCCACCUGGUGCACCCGCGGCCAGGGGCCACCUGCGCCUCCGAGUUCCUGCUCAUGGGCCGCGACGGCGUCCUCGGCACCACCCCCUACAUGCUCAUCUUUUUUCUGGCGAAAUUGGUCGUCGGGGGUGCGAAAGGGCGGGCCCUGGCCGACGAGGUGCGACGGCUGCCCUUCAAGAUGCUCAGGGUCAGCGUCCUGGGCGCCACCCUGGCCUCUGGAAUCGUCGGCUCCAUUUGCGGAUUCAGGUGGUUGUUCGGUCGUUUCCGAUGGUGGUUUGUCGGCCUCGGACCCGGAUCGGUCGCCGGACUCCUCUCCAUCCUCACCCAGGACAUUUCAGAAGUUCGCACCUUCGCCUCUUACUUCUACGUCGCUGCUGUGGAGUACGGCGUGCGGAAGUUGAUCUGGCGUCGGAAGCGUCUGCUGGCGCUGGAGACGCUUUUGUUCUGCGCGUCGAGCGCGGUGCUGGUGCGUCUGCAGCAGCUGCGGCCGCCGACCACGCUGCCCUGGUUCUUCUACCCUGAGGCGUGCCCUUCGAGCUGCCAGGAAGGCGGGACGACGCACGGCCGACAGUGCGCGGGACACGGCGCCCGCGGCGCCGCGCGGUUGGCGCUGUUUGGCGCCGCGGUGACGGCGCUGCGCGUCGUCGUGCCGAUGGCCCGCGACGUGCUGAACCGGCGGCCGGUGUCCGGCGGCCGCUGGCUGGCCGCCGGCUGGAGCUUCCCGGCCUUCCUGGCCGCCUACGUGGCGCUGCAGCGCUGGACGCGCUGCCUGGCGGCCGGCGUCCGCGGCGGCGCCGACGACGGCCUCGCGGCGGCCGCCUCCGGAGCGGCCGCCGGCCUCUCCUACCUGCUGCACCCGUCGCUGUCCGUGCUGGCCGCCGCCGUCGCCUCCGCCGGACAGCUGCUCGCGCAGGACGCCGCCCCCGACGGCCGCUGGUGGCCGCACGUCGUCUUCGGCCUCUCCACCGGCUGGAUGCUGCACGCCAGGCUCAACGAGCCGGACCACAUCUGCCCACCCUUCGCCAGGCUCAUCUUCACAGAGUGCACCAGGGCCAGGGCGGACAGAAUCAUCGACGACUACAAGAACAUUUUGCAGCUUAACCAGAAGAAGUAGCUUUUUAGCCAUCGCACUCGAGAGUUUGUUUCCUAUGAUUUAUAUAUAUUUUUUUUCUUUGAGAGAGCGAUAUAUUCGAC